CAGCCAUUCAAGGUGUAGCAGUUCCUUGCUGUGGGUCAUCUCCUUAGACACCAGCAGCCAUGGCCAUGAUGAAGCGAAGACGCGAGAAUGAGACCGGUGCGCAGGCAGAUGCGGCUGAGGAGGCCAAGAAGCAGAAGCUGGCCACAGCGGGUGGCAGCAAGUACAUCAACAAACAGCGCGUGCUUGUGUUUUCCUCGCGCGGCAUCACGACGCGCUAUCGCCACCUGAUGGACGAUUUCCGCAAACUGUUGCCGCACCACAAGCGUGAGGUGAAGCUGGACGCCAAGGACACUCUUCACGUGGUCAAUGAGAUCGCGGAGAUCAAGGGUUGCAACACCACCAUCUUCCUCGAGGCUCGCAAGCGCCAGGACCUCUACCUGUGGGUGAGCCGCGUCGGCACGGGCCCCAGCGCCAAGUUCCUUGUGCAGAACGUGCACACAAUGGACGAGCUGAAGAUGACGGGCAACGCUCUGGCCGGCUCGCGUCCGCUGCUGACGUUCGACAAGGCUUUCGACGAUGAGCCGCAUCUCCAGGUGGUUAAGAAGCUUUUCACGCAAGUGUGGGGCACGCCCAAGGCGCACCCGAAGAGCAAGCCGUUCAUUGACCGCGUCAUGAGCUUCUACUACGCGGACGGCAAGGUUUGGUGCCGUAACUACCAGCUGGCGGACGACGCCGACACUAAGAAGGCGGAGCUGGCCGCUCUUCACCGUGGCGAGGACCUCGUGCAGCUUAUUGAGAUCGGCCCGCGCUUCGUCAUCACGCCCAUCCGCAUCUUCGACGGCAGCUUCGGCGGUCAGACUUUGUACCAGAACGAGAACUACGUGUCGCCCAACGAGAACCGCCGCGACGCUAAGGCCGACAAGCGCGACCGCUAUGUGUCUCGCAAGUCGGCGGAGGUUGAGCGCAAGGACCGCCAGCCCGAGCGCGAGAUGCCCGAGGACCAGUUCGCUGACGUCUUUGCCGGCGCCGAGCAUUUUGUGUACAUGUUUGCAAGCUAUUGGUCAAAACUCAAAAUCAUGAUUUCUACCAAUAAGAUACGGAAAACUUCAAGUGACACUUUGCAUAACGGUUCGGGGAUGAAGGCAUUCAAUGCCUGGCGGGGUGGCGAUGGGGGCUCCAAGACGUCCAACGACGCCGUCUCGGAGCUGCAGCAGGUGAUCCUGAAGAAGGAUCUGAUGAUUCUGAGUCUGCAGACGCAGCUGGACGCGUACAAGGCUCGCUUUGGCGCUCUACCGGCCGAAGAUUUGGAUGAAUUAGCGAAGUCCGACGCGCUUAACGAGCCCCAGGAGAAACGCAGCAGGGAAUUAAGCGCGGACGCGAAAGAACUAGCAGCAGAGAGUAAGUCCGUAGUGUCUAGGGCCAAUGGGGGCGAGGAUAAGUCCACUCAGGACAAGAAACAAUCCACGCCUCGUAUUGUGGCCACGUCGCCGCGCUUCCGAUCCUCCUCUGACGCGGACGAGACUCGCGAGAAGAUCCAAAGUCGUUUUAGUAAGAACGUAGUGCUGGACUAUGUAGAGGACUCGCCCAUGUUCCGUCGCCAACUCGAGGGUUUCGAGGAAUCCAUCACAGGCCUCCGAGCGCUGUUAAAGGAGCUUGUGGCACACUCAAAGGAGUACGCAGCUGCAGGGAAACACUUUGGCCAGGAAGAAACAGAGCUGGCCGAUGAGCUGAUCCAACGCAAACAUGCACGAGCCAUUUUCUCGACUAGUUGUCCGGAAUUGGGUAGUUUAUCGGAAUUAUUCGGAGAGAUGCACGAUACCCUGGCGCAGGUGCAGAGCUCCCGUGUGAGUAUGCUACUGGGUGUGGAGUCAUUGUUAAGUAGAUCAAUCCAGCAAUUCACAGAGAAAGAGUUGCUAAAAGAAGCAGGAGAACUGAGGAAGGAUGUGACGAGACUGGGAGAGGAGUACGAGACGCUGUUGGGUAAAUUACUGAGCAAAUCGAGACAGCCAGGCCAAUCCGCUAAUGGCACGGGUACACCUACUGGCGGAGGGGAUUCAAUAGGUCUAGGCAGUCCAGCGCUACCGAUAGGGAGCUAUAAUGGCGAGUUCACAACCACAGGGACACCUCCGGCCUCUGCAGCUUCAGGAGGCAGCAACAACAACAUUCUCGGAUCGGAUUCUGGACCUAUGACAAGUGGAAGUGAUAAACAUCAACGUGCAUUGGAGCGAGACGUGGUGACGGCACGUCGACGCUUUGAACUCGCUCGCUUCGACCUCGUUCGGCACAUGAAUCGGGUCGACUGCAUGAAAAAAUUUGUGCUGGUCGAGUGUUUCAACUCGAUACUGUACGCUCAAUUGGGCCACUUCCAUGCAUGCCACGAGCUCAUCAAGUCCGUGGAGCCAAGUCUCCGUAGACGUCAAGAAAUGAUGCAACUGUCACGCAAAGAUUUCGAACAAGACGAACUCAUGUGGACAGCACAACGAGAGCUACUGGACAAACGUUUAUCUCAAGACGUCGAGGCAGUCAGCUCCAGUGUUCCGUCAAGUGAAUCAUCGCCAGUAGCAGCAGGUUCCUUGAGUGUCGACACGGCCAUGUCAAGCGACUGCUUCCCGUCUCUCGACUUGCCUGUAGAGGUCAUCUCGACUGAUACAUUGAGUAGUCGACAGACCGUGGCUAGUACUCCUGGUGGCGUAGCCAAACAGGGCUAUCUGUUCGUCCGUAACUCCAUGUUCCCAGCUAGAAGCUGGAAGCGCCGUUGGUUCCAGAUCCACGCCGGCAAACUCUUCCAAACCACGUCACGUGGCGGCAUGGGGAAACAUCCAACAGAAAGUAGCUUGACGCUUGUGUGCGAUCUGUUACUUGCUCGAGUUCGUGAACUGGAGGGAUCAAGUCUCCCGUUCUGCUUUGAAGUUAUCGACGCCAACCGCGCAAAACUCUUACUACAAGCAGCCAGCGCUCGCGACAUGAUGGAGUGGAUCGAGGCGUCUCGACGCAGUACUGAGAGCGCAUUGGAGAAGCAAAGCCAUCGACAAGAAGUGCAUCCGGAACAGCAGUCGGUUAUUGACGAACUUACCGAAGCCAAUCCUUGUUGCGCCGACUGCGGACAAGAACCGGCUGAGUGGGUAUCGAUCAAUAUUGGCUGCUUGCUGUGCAUCGAGUGCUCUGGCAUCCAUCGAAGUCUCGGUGUGCACGAGUCAAAGGUACGAUCGUUAGCCUUAGACUCGUGGGAUAUGUCGCUCCUCACUCUACUUCGCGAUAAGCUGGGCAACGACGCUGUAAACGCAGUAUGGGAGCACACAAUACCUGAGGGGUGGACCAAACCAACGCCCACAACUUCAAGAGAUGAGAAGGCUCGGUUUAUCAAGGCAAAGUACCAUUUCCACGGCUUUGCCGAGCCUGACGCGACGCUGGAAGACGAUGAUAACGUACUUAAGCAAGAAUUAGCCAAGCGGUUCGUCGCAGGAGCGUCAUGUGGGGAUCUAAAGGAGUUGAUGUGGUGUCUGGCUCAUGGCGUGGACGUCAAUCCGGCGCUGCACCUUGCUGCGAUUACCUCGUCGUUAAUGGCGCAAGUUUAA